AUGAAGCUUUCUGUUGGUACGCUUUUCACUGUGGGGCUCGCCGCUUCCACAGGCGUAAGUGCCUCACCUAUGCCUUCCUCGGAAGACAUGUCUCCCAAUCUUGAGGCUCGAGGCCUUUGGCUUCGCGAUGAAUGUCAUGCAUACCCUGGUGGUACCGUUGUCGGAGGAAGCACGCUCUGGAUGCUACGCAAUACCUGGAACAAUAAAUACGGUGGAGAUUUUGGAGGUAGUCUCGGCGUCUACCAGUUUAAAGGCGUGUGCUGUUGGGGCCAAUGUCUGUGGGUGACGUCUGAAGGACAAGGUAGAAGAUGGUCUGGCGAUGCCUGGGGCAAUGCUUUGAACAGGCUUACGGGAAUCACCGGUGGCCGUCAACCUGGGCUCUGCGGAGCUAGAAUCAACAACGAUGCAUACCUGGUGUUAAAGUCUGCGCAACACGACAAGGUAUCUAACCAAGGCAAAACAAUGGGCCAGCACUUUGGAGACACCUGCGGCGGUAGACCACCUUGGUAG